GUCACAGAGCAGGCGGAACAGCGGCUCCAGUCUGCUCCUCGCUGCUCCUGACCUCCGAUCAGCGGACAAGCAUGCAGCUGCUGCGGCCGGCUCUGUGACUCAGCCGGACAGAAGCCCACAGGCAGGUUCACCGAAGCUCUGCUGGACUUACAGUAGCAGCCAUGGGCAGCAAGACUUUGCCAGCACCAGUCCCUCUCCAUCCAUUCCUUCAGCUGGCCAACUGUUCCCUUAUCCAGGGCUCCUCAGGUCUCCAGCUGCCAGCAGAUCAUUUUCACAGCAUCUACAGCUUCAGUGCAAUGCACGCCAUCCACCUCCAUCAGUGGACCCUUGGCCUCCCGCCUUUGGCCCUGCCCCGCUGCACCAUCUCCAAGCUGCCUCCCCAGUUCUCCUCCAUGGCCUCCAUCCCCAUAUUCCCUUACCUUCUGCAGCCAAAGCAGGACUGCACAGGGCUGCUGCAAAGCUCCAAGAACAAGCCCCGUUUUGACUUUGCCAACCUGGCAGCAGCAGCCACGCAGGAGGACCACCUGAAGGUGGCAGACCUGAGUGUGACAGGUGCUGCUUCUGCUGCAACCCAGACUUCAUCUCAACACCCGCCCUCAGCCAGCCUGGGCUGCCUGCUAGACGUCACCAAACUGUCUUCCCCUGAGCGCAAAUCCAGCCGAGGCAGACUGCCCUCCAAGACCAAGAAAGAAUUUGUCUGCAAGUUCUGUGGUCGGCAUUUCACCAAAUCCUACAACCUUUUGAUCCAUGAGAGGACGCACACAGAUGAGAGGCCGUACACAUGUGACAUCUGCCACAAGGCCUUCAGAAGGCAGGACCAUCUCAGGGACCACAGGUGAGAGCCCUCUUUAGAGAACAGCAAAUC